UCCUGGUUCUCAAUGUAUGACAGAACACAGAACACUCCGAGAGUAACAGAAUUUGUCGUUGUGUGAAAUUUUGAUAUAACUAGUUGACAUUACGAGAACUAUGUUAACAAUUCGUUUAUUUAAAGAACAAUUGAAAUCUCUCUUUUAUUACGUAUCGGUCAGACAUUUAGAACAAGAUAAGUCUGCCCUUAACAAGUGGAUUAAGGUUAGGAUGUCUGAUGAACCAGUACCUCGUUGCAGGAGCGAUCCCCUUAUUAUGAAGUUGGAUACUCCAGAAUUUCACUCAAUUUUUACACCAGAGCUUAAUACUCUGUCAGAUAUAUUUAAAAAAUAUAAUUAUGAGAUAAGAGUAGCUGGUGGUGCUGUGAGAGAUAUCCUCAUGGGGAUGACACCAAAAGAUUUAGAUUUCGCAACUACUGCUACCCCAGAUCAAAUGACAGAGAUGUUUUCAAAGGAAGAAGUAAGAAUGAUUAAUGCAAAUGGGGCAAAGCAUGGCACAAUAACACCGAGGAUAAACAACACAGUAAAUUUUGAAGUAACUACUCUAAGAAUCGAUGUUGUCACCGAUGGAAGACAUGCCGAAGUAAAAUUUACUACAGACUGGUUGCGCGACGCUAAUAGACGAGAUUUGACCAUCAAUUCAAUGUUCCUUGAUUUGGAAGGCAAUGUUUAUGAUUACUUUUAUGGCUACGAUGAUCUCCUCAAACGAAAAGUUGUUUUCGUAGGACAUGCAUCCACAAGAAUACAAGAAGAUUAUUUGAGAAUUCUAAGAUACUUCCGGUUUUAUGGUAGAAUUGCCAACGAUCCGGAUAAUCACGAUGAGGAGACAAUAACAGCAAUAAAAAAUAAUGUUUCCGGUCUUGAACGUAUUUCCGGCGAGAGGAUCUGGAGUGAGUGGCAAAAAAUCUUAGAUGGGAAAUACAACGCAGAACUGAUGUGUAAUAUGAUCGAAUGCGGCAUGGCAGAAUAUAUUGGACUACCGAAAAAUCCUGAUGUGGAGACGUUUAAGACGGUUUGUCAUCGAGCACGUGCUAAUACAUUGCAAGUUCGUCCAAUCACGUUAAUCUGUGCCAUGUUGAGGGAUCAAGAAGAAGUGAUGGCUCUACAUUCAAGAUUGAAGCUCGCAGCGUACGACCGAGAUCUGGGACUUUUCAUUGUACAACAUAGAGAGGACAAACCUUGUGAAAAACCUCUCAAGCCAUAUCAGUAUUUGAUACUCAAUCCAAAAGGAAAGAUUCCGGAUUCUAGGGGUUUUGUUACAGAACUAUUGAAAUACAAAGGAGCCAUAGAUCUUCUGAAAGAGUUGGGAAAAUGGCAGGUUCCACGAUUUCCAUUAAACGGUAACAUGCUAAAGCCUCAUAUUUCCCAAGGAAAAUUGAUAGGACCAGUAAUGGGUGCUCUUAAAAAGAUCUGGUUAGACGAUGACUUCAAAACGUCUCCUGAAAAUCUUAUAAAGCAUAUACCAGAGAUUCUUGAUGACAUCAAAGAAAAAGGAAAGCAAGUUCAUUGAAAUUUAUAUUAUAAUGUUCCCUUGAUUACAAAACUUUUGGUAAAGGCCCAUAACCUUGCCUCAAAAUAAAAAUCGUAUUGAUUUAUCUAAUUUUAAA